AUGCCCUCGCUCCCAGCCCGGAUUCAUGAAGGAGGAAUGGAAUUGUUUCAUCAAUCCUACGGUUUUACUAACCAGCGACCACAUUGUACAGGUUUCGGUACCACCUUCGGCUACCUGUGGUGGUACGGCUACCACCUUCCCCGUGUUCGUGAGCGUGAUGCCUUCUACACCCGUCUCGAGCAGGAGCGUGCUGCCCAGCGCGGAUAA